UCUGGCGACAUUGUUUGGCAUACCUAAGAGAGGGUUAAAACCCUAGAUCUUUGAAUGCGUUGCGGGGAUGGUGUUCUUUCCAAUCAUUCUGGCGCUUGCGAUGGCGCUGGGAGCUGGGGCGAUCCGCGAGCACGGCGGCAGCACAGCUGUAUCAUCUGGGAAAUUUGCUAACAAGUAUUUGAGUAACACCGAGCUUGAGGAUUGGCUCAAAGAUUUCUCCGUGCGCUGCGGGAGAAUUUCAAGGCUGAACAGCAUUGGAACAUCUGUUCAAGGCAGAGAUUUGUGGGUGCUCGAACUUUCAGACAUGCCUGGACAAGCUGAAGCAGAACCCGCGUUCAAGUUCGUGGGAAAUAUGCACGGAGAUGAACCAGUGGGCCGGGAGCUUACAAUACGCUUGGCAGAUUGGUUGUGUAUGAAUUAUAAAAGGGAUGCCAUGGCGACAAGUAUUAUUGACAACGUGCACCUUCAUCUUCUUCCAUCAAUGAAUCCCGAUGGAUUUGCGAAUCGAUCGAGGAACAACGCUAACAAUGUAGACCUGAAUCGAGAUUUUCCUGACCAGUUUUUCCCUCAAAAUAAUAACGAGGCAAGGAGGCAGCCAGAAACACUGGCGGUAAUGAAAUGGAUCAGGCAGAAUAAUUUUGUAGCUUCUGCAAGCUUGCAUGAGGGUGCUUUAGUAGCAAAUUAUCCAUGGGAUGGCAACGUAGAUAAAAGUUCGAAGUACGCGGAGUCUCCUGACGACUCUACCUUUCGUUUUCUUGCUUCAGUGUACAGCAAAGCCCAUCGGAACAUGUCUAAAAGCCAUGAGUUUCCUGGUGGAAUAACAAAUGGCGCAGCAUGGUAUCCUCUCUACGGAGGGAUGCAGGAUUGGAAUUAUAUUCAUGCUCGCUGUCUUGAACUGACGUUAGAAAUUUACGACACCAAAUGGCCACCAGAAAGUCAGAUUGUACAAAUAUGGGAAGAGAAUCGACAAAGCAUGCUCGAGCUUGUUUCAAGUACAUUCAAGAGUGGUGUGCAUGGGAAAGUCUUCUCAUCUGCAAGUGGGCUUCCCCUGGCUGCGACUAUCCAAGUUGAUGGCUUCAAUCAAACAAUUAAAGCAACUUCACAGUUUGGCAACUAUCACAGGCUACUUCCUCCCGGGAAGGCAUACAAAGUAACUGCAAGCAUGGAUGGGCAUACAAGCCGUUCGGUACAUGUUUUGUCACCGAAUGGCGAGUCUACAGCACUCGAUUUUAUAUUGGACCCUACAGGUGGAGUUGGACAGCAGCACAAACUAAUGCGGCUCAUGACAACGCACGACGACAGUGAUACGAUGGCGCUACUCUUAUACCAUUCCAAGUUCACGUUCCUAUCCUUUCUCGGGGUGUUGGUCAUCUUGUUCUCCUGCUUCGGGUGCAAGCGAAGGCUAUGGUUACGGUCAGAAAAGUCUCCAGCAAAGGUUUGAAAGCAGCGCGCUG